UGCACAUCGCAGUUAGAGCAGUUUAGUAACUUACACACACACAUAUCCGAGAUGGCCACCACCAACAGCCAGCAGAGCCAUUACAGCUACGCCGACAACAUGAACAUGUACAACAUGUACCACCCCCACAGUUUGCCGCCCACCUACUACGAUAACUCCGCCAGCAACGCCUACUACCAGAACAGCUCGAGUUACCAGGGCUACCAGGGCUACUACCCCCAGGAGAGUUACUCCGAGAGCUGCUACUACUACAACCAGGAGCAGGCGACCGUGACCAGCCAGACCCUGCCCACCACCCCCCCGCCGAAGAGCGCCAAACGCAAGGCCGAGGAGGAUGCCGCCUCCAUUAUCGCCGCCGUCGAGGAGCGACCCAGCACCCUGCGCGCCCUGCUCACCAACCCCGUGAAGAAGCUGAAGUACACCCCCGACUACUUCUACACCACCGUGGAGCCCGUGAAGAAGGCCCCGGCCUCCAAGGUCGCCGCCAGCCCCGCCCCCAGCUACGAGCAGGAGUACGUGGCCGUGCCCACGCCCUGCGCCUCCGAGGACGUCGACUACCUGGACGUCUACUCGCCGCAGUCGCAGUCGCAGAAGCAUCUGCAGAAUGGCGACUUUGCCACCCCGCCGCCAACCACGCCCACCUCCCUCCCGCCCGUCGAGGGCAUCAGCACCCCACCCCAGUCGCCGGGGGAGAAGUCCUCGUCAGUCGUCGGCCAGGAGAUCAAUCAUCGCAUUGUGACAGCCCCGAACGGAGCCGGCGAUUUCAAUUGGUCGCACAUCGAGGAGACUCUGGCAUCAGAUUGCAAAGACUCGAAACGCACUCGCCAGACGUACACCCGCUACCAGACCCUCGAACUCGAGAAGGAGUUCCACUUCAACCGCUACAUCACCCGGCGUCGUCGCAUCGACAUCGCCAAUGCCCUGAGUUUGAGCGAAAGGCAGAUCAAGAUCUGGUUCCAGAACCGACGCAUGAAGUCCAAGAAGGAUCGCACGCUGGAGAGCUCCCCGGAGCACUGUGGUGCCGGCUACUCGGCGCUGCUGCCUCCUCUGGAGGUUGCGGCCACUGCACCACCCAUGUACCACCAGCACCACCAGGCCACUGCCACAGCCACCGCCACAACCACCACCUACCCCGCCUACAACCACAGCCAUGGCCACAGCUAUGGAAUGCUGAACGAUUACCCACAGCAGCAGCAGUACGAGGCCUACCCGCAGCAGUACCCGCAGCAGUGCAGCUACCAGCAGCAUCCGCAGGACCUGUACCAUCUGCCCUAAGCUCCCCGG